AAAGUACCAUGUGAAUUACAAAUUUAAUUUACAUGUUUUAACACAUCUUUUCUUUUUUUUUAUAAUUAUUUAUGAAUUGUAAUUCUAAUUAUCUUAUUAUAUUAACUAUUCGUUAUGGAUUCUAAAAUAGCUUCGUUAAAGGCAAAUGAAGCAGUUAAUUGGUUUCAGAAAAAUCUGAAAAAUUGUAUUAUUUAUGGUUUAUCGACUGGAGAUUAUAAUUUGUUAGAGGUUUUUAUUACAUCAACUAUUACAGAUGUAGAUAUAAAAAAACAACUAACUAGUUCAGUUUUGCCCAAAUUUUUUGAAAAUUUAGCAUCUUCUAGUACUAAUGAAACUAUAGUUAACUCUCAAAUAUCUAUCAUUAGAUUAUGCAUGAAAUAUUAUGGAAGUACAUGUGGACAAUUCAAGAAUAUAUUAGAGAAGUUUACUUUCAAAAUUAUAAGUGAAUAUUCUAAUGACAAUAAGAUUAUGGUAAAACUUACAAAAUAUCUAGCACUAUAUCCCCAAUGUGGUGGUCGUGGACAACAAGGUUCUCUUCAUAUAGAGGCAUGGACUAAUCAGUUUAAUGACUUUUUGUAUUGUGCCAAUUACUUUUUACAUCAGUUAUAUUCAAAUGUAGAUUUUUUUAUUAGACUGUAUCCAAAUGAUAAAUAUGAAGGAAAAUUUGAUAUAUCAUGUUUUAAUAUAUCCCAGCUUGAACAAAUGUCUCCUAAAGAACGUUAUCAACGAUUAACAACAAUUUUUGAGUUUUUUAAUACUGCUCUUCAAUCUAUGCUUUUAUCUAUGUUUUCAAAUGUGAAAAAAUUUGAUGCAAACAAAGUUAUUCAAUUUUCUUUAAGUGUUAUAUCAGUGUCUUCAGAAAAAUUGAAAUCUUUAUCAGUCACAGAAGAUAUUUUAGCAUUAGAAAAUGUUUUAUACAAGUUGCAUUGUUCUGCUAUGAAAACCAUUUUAGCAUUAAUAAAAUGUUGUGGCCGUAUUUUAAUACCACAAGGUGUAUCAAUUUGUCGAUUUUUGAUACAAUCACUUAAUACUACUAAUAUUCAAAACAAUCAAUGGAUUUAUGGUACAAAUAAAUCAAAUGUGGAACAACGAUUGUUAAGUUAUAAAGUAUUGCUUGCAUGGAUGUCAGUUGCUGGCUCUCAGAGUUCACUUGAAAUGUUUAUUGAAAAUCUUAUUUCCAGUAUUUUGAUUGAUAUUAAAUAUGUUAAGCCAUCUAUUAAUCUAAUUGUUAACAAGCAAAUUGGUAACAAAAAAAGGAAAAGUGGUGCAUUAAAUGCCAAAAUUAUUGAUCAACGUGAUACAAUUGUGAUGCACAAUUACCAUGCAAAUUCAACCAUAUGUAAUCAAGCACAUGAAAUAAUUCGAUUACUAUUAAACACAUUCACAUCAAACCUUAAACAACUACAAUUUAAAGUUUUACAAAGUACUAUUAUGGGGUUAUUAUUGGAAGUUGUAAAAUGUCAACGGCCUAAUGAAUAUCCUUUACCAUAUUACAAUGAUUUAUGUAGAAUGAGUUUAUUUAAUACUCUGCUAGCUCUUGUGAUUUCUCCUCAUCCACAAUGUGUAACUCAAACAUCAGUUGCUAUUCGAUUAUUCACUUUAGGUUUAUCAGAUCGAAAUGAAAAUGUUAAAGAAGUAUGCAGAUCAGCUAUUGCUAAAGUUGAACAUAUUAUUCAUCCAAGAAAUGAUACAUUAUUUUUACCACUUGAAAAUGAAAUAGAGUUGCUACCUGAAAAUCAAAAUGUACUACAGGAAAAUCAAAGUCAUUUUUUAAAAGAAAUUGAAAUUAACAAUGUAGUUUCAGAAAAAAAUUCUGUUGAAUCUGAAUAUAAUAAUGUUGACAACAUUAGAGGAUGUUCACCUACAAAAUAUUUAUCAAACUCUAAAAAUAAAAACAAUUUACUUGAUAAUAAAAUUAGCAGUGACGUAAAAAGUAAUAUAGAAGAAAACUCUGAAAAAUAUAUUCAAUCAUUUCAAAGUAAAUUAGCAGAUGAAGUUAAUGAAGAAAAUCAUAACUUUAACAAUUUUGAAACUCAACAAACUAAUAAAAAUGAUGUAUCUAUGGAAGUAGAAUAUAUAAAACCCAUUAAUAAUUUAAAACAAACAUUAGAUAAAAACAACAAAGAUGAAGAAGUUAUUGACAUGUUAAAUGAUUUUGUAGAUUCUUCAUGAAAUAAAUGUUUUAUUGAUUUUAAA